AUGGCAGGUGACAGUAGCACGACAAAGUCCAAUCCCGUGGUGAAUUUUGUGGUGGCACUUUGGAAGGUGUUGUGGGAAAUCUGGAUUGAGCCGUUCCUGCAAUUCAUCCAUGUGUACGAACCAGCGGACAGGACGUACGGACGUAGCGAGGUGCCGUUCAGCAAGAUGGAGCAGCGCCUGCACGAGAAUCCAGAUGUGACGGUGUCAUUCUACAAGGCGAUGAUGCCCAACGGAAAGGAUUUCGUUUGGUAUCAGGUUUGGGAAGACAAGCUUGCAAUGCGCUCGACGGGACGUGUGGCAGACAUGGUGUUCUGUCACGGCACUGGUGUGCACUCAGGCACGCUCGCGAGCCAUUCUCGUCGAUAUCUGGAUGCUGGCUACCGAUUGAUUGUACCUGAUCUUCCAUCGCAUGGCUACUCAACAGGCCGACACGUCUAUCAGCCGACGAUGAAGGGUUACACUGAUGGUGUGUACCAGGCAAUUCACGACGUGGCUCGCCGCGAUGACGAGGCGGAGGGCCGCAAGAUUCCCAAACAAAAUCGUCGCAGAACCUUUCUCCUUGGUCUUUCGUUCGGUGGUCUCGUAGCGCUGCUGUACCCGAUCUACUAUCCGGCAUCUGCUCGAAACGACACGACGGACAUGGAUGAGAUCCCGGUUGAUGGUGUUGUGGCUGUUGGACCGAUUCUGCACUUUAAUCCGAAGGACGUCAAAGUCAGUCCUGUUGUUCGCUUCAUUGUCACAAUCAUUCGUUUCUUGAACGCAGGCCGUCUUGAACUGUAUGUGCCACAUAAGCAGGCCGUCGACAAAGAUCCCAAGGUGUAUAAGCAGCUUGUGGAUCAGGACAUGCGUAGUCACCGCGGUGCUUUCCGUGUAGGGCACCUGCUAUGUGUGCGCAGAGGCAUUGCGGACGUCCAGGAACUGGCUGACAAGUUUACUGUUCCGGUAUACAUUCAGCAUGGCUUGCAAGACCGUGUGGUGUCGGUGACGUCGUCGACGACAUGGCUCGAAAAGAUUGGAUCGGAUGACAUUAAAAUGAGCGUGUACCCAGUGUGUCAGCACGUCAUUUACCGUAAGGCUAAGACUGAGGAGGAAGACUUGGCUGGCCGUGUAUGUGUGUUGGAGGAUAAUGUGGCUUGGAUGAACGCCCGUUGCCCAGGCAUUGGCCACAUCGAGCGCGGUGUGUCGUUCUCGUCUGACCACUCAGACAUGAGCAAGGAUGCGUCUCAGCGUACGUUAGCUUACUCAGGCUUUUCGUCGGGUCUGAUGACGCCUAGUGAAGCAGCCUUAAGCUCUAUGGGACAACCCAACAUUGUGGAGGACACAAUCCAAUCUCUUACAGACAAACUAGGCGCCUUUGACCAAGAGGGCGCCAAGUCAACUGGUGUAGACAAUGAUGCGUCUAGCACAAGUCAGUCGCUGUCGAACCGUCUCGCAAAGGACUCCGCAAAGCAGCCUAUCACGCCAGUUUCUGGGCCUGAUGAUUCAGUUGAGCAUCGUGUGUAUCGUGGAAAUUGGACGUUGCCCCAGGAAAUGCGUCCAUAUGAUAUCUUGAUCGAUUGA